AUGAGGCUCUUUGUCUGCCUUACGUUGCUCUCUCUUCUAUGUGCAAGCGCUGACAUGUUACCAAUAAGUGAAAGUGGACGAUUUGUCUGGGAUGCAAUGGGAGGGGCAUGGGAUAUGUUCAGAGCAUACCAGGACAUGCGUGAGGCAAAUUAUAAAGGUGCCGACAAAUAUUUCCAUGCUCGUGGGAAUUAUGAUGCUGCCCAAAGAGGACCUGGCGGUGCUUGGGCAGCCAAAGUGAUCAGUGACGCCCGGGAAAGAUGGCAAAGCGACGUGAGCGGCAGAGGCGCAGAAGACACCCGGGCUGACCAAGAGGCGAACGCGUGGGGCAGAAAUGGCGGUGACCCCAACCGCUAUAGACCUGCAGGCCUUCCCAGGAAGUACUAA